GAGAACAUUCCGUUCCUGCGCAGUUCUCGCGCUGCAGCCUUGCUCCUGUCGCAACGAGAGCCUUCGAGAUCUUCUCCGCCCCCGCUACCGGCGCCUCCCGUGCUGCCGCGGAGCCCGAGCCGGCUUGAGCGGCAGAGGCCCGUCUCUCUCAAGGACCCGAGCAUCCUCGUGGACGGUCGUCCGGCUUCGCCCGCCUAGCCGCGGUGCUCCGUCCGCCCACGCGGCUCGCCCUCUCCACGCGCCCACCCCGCCGGGUUCUGUGUGCAGUGUCGCCGGCCGGCCCUGGGCCCGAGCCCGAGCAGUAGCCGGCGCCAUGUCCGUGGUGGGCAUAGACCUGGGCUUUCAGAGUUGCUAUGUCGCUGUGGCCCGCGCCGGCGGCAUCGAGACGAUCGCUAAUGAGUAUAGCGACCGCUGCACGCCGGCUUGUGUUUCUUUUGGUCCUAAGAAUCGUUCAGUUGGAGCAGCAGCUAAGAGCCAGGUUAUUUCCAAUGCCAAGAACACAGUUCAAGGAUUUAAAAGAUUUCAUGGCCGUGCAUUUUCUGAUCCAUUUGUGGAGGCAGAAAAAUCUAAUCUUGCAUAUGAUGUUGUGCAGUUGCCCACUGGAUUAACGGGUAUAAAGGUUACAUAUAUGGAAGAAGAGCGGAAUUUUGCCACAGAGCAAGUGACUGCCAUGCUUUUGUCCAAACUGAAGGAGACAGCAGAAUGUGCUCUGAAGAAGCCUGUGGUAGACUGUGUUGUUUCGGUUCCUUGUUUCUACACUGAUGCAGAGCGCCGGUCAGUGAUGGAUGCCACUCAGAUUGCUGGUCUCAAUUGCCUUCGGUUAAUGAAUGAAACAACUGCAGUUGCUCUUGCAUAUGGAAUCUAUAAACAAGACCUUCCUGCCUUAGAAGAAAAACCAAGAAAUGUAGUUUUUGUAGACAUGGGACAUUCUGCCUAUCAAGUUUCUGUAUGUGCAUUUAAUAGAGGAAAACUGAAAGUUUUGGCCACAGCUUUUGAUACAACACUGGGAGGCAGAAAAUUUGAUGAGGUGUUGGUAAAUCACUUCUGUGAAGAAUUCGGAAAAAAAUACAAGCUAGACAUAAAAUCUAAAGUUCGUGCUUUAUUACGACUGUCUCAAGAGUGUGAGAAACUCAAGAAGCUGAUGAGUGCGAAUGCCUCAGACCUCCCUUUGAGCAUUGAAUGUUUUAUGAAUGAUAUUGAUGUAUCUGGAACUAUGAAUAGAGGCAAAUUUCUGGAGAUGUGUGAUGAUCUCUUAGCGAGAGUGGAGCCGCCACUUCGUAGUGUCCUGGACCAGUCCAAGUUAAAGAAAGAAGAUAUUUACGCAGUGGAGAUAGUUGGUGGUGCCACACGAAUUCCUGCAGUGAAAGAGAAGAUCAGCAAAUUUUUUGGUAAAGAACUUAGCACAACAUUAAAUGCAGACGAAGCUGUCACUCGAGGCUGCGCACUGCAGUGUGCAAUCUUAUCACCUGCUUUCAAAGUCAGAGAAUUUUCUAUCACUGAUGUGGUACCAUAUCCAAUAUCUCUGAGAUGGAAUUCUCCAGCUGAAGAAGGGUCAAGUGACUGUGAAGUCUUCCCCAAAAAUCAUGCUGCUCCUUUCUCCAAAGUCCUCACAUUUUAUAGAAAGGAACCUUUCACUCUUGAGGCCUACUAUAGCUCUCCUCAGGAUUUGCCUUACCCAGAUCCUGCUAUUGCUCAGUUUGCAGUUCAGAAAGUCACUCCACAGUCUGAUGGUGCCAGCUCAAAAGUGAAAGUCAAGGUCCGGGUAAAUGUGCAUGGCAUUUUCAGUGUGUCCAGCGCAUCCUUAGUAGAAGUGCACAAAUCUGAAGAGAAUGAGGAGCCGAUGGAGACUGAUCAGAAUGCAAAGGAAGAAGAGAAAAUGCAAGUGGACCAGGAGGAACCACAUGCUGAAGAGCAGCAGCCGCAGACACCAGCAGAAAACAAGGCGGAGUCUGAGGAGAUGGAGACUUCUCAAACUGGAUCAAAAGAUAAGAAGAUGGACCAACCGCCUCAAGCCAAGAAGGCGAAAGUGAAGACCAGCACUGUGGACCUGCCCAUCGAGAGCCAGCUGCUCUGGCAGCUGGACCGAGAGAUGCUUGGCUUGUACACUGAGAACGAGGGUAAGAUGAUUAUGCAGGAUAAACUGGAGAAGGAACGGAAUGAUGCCAAGAAUGCGGUGGAAGAAUACGUGUACGAGAUGAGAGACAAACUCAGUGGUGAAUAUGAGAAGUUCGUGAGUGAAGACGAUCGUAAUACUUUUACCUUAAAAUUGGAAGAUACUGAAAAUUGGCUGUAUGAAGAUGGAGAAGACCAACCAAAGCAAGUUUAUGUAGACAAAUUGGCUGAAUUAAAAACUUUAGGUCAGCCUAUUAAGACACGGUUCCAGGAAUCUGAAGAAAGACCAAAAUUAUUUGAAGAACUAGGGAAGCAAAUUCAACAGUAUAUGAAAGUGAUCAGCUCUUUCAAAAACAAGGAGGACCAGUAUGAGCACUUGGAUGUUGCCGACAUGACAAAGGUAGAGAAAAGCACCAGUGAGGCCAUGGAGUGGAUGAAUAGCAAGCUGAAUCUGCAGAACAAGCAGAGCCUGACACUGGAUCCGGUUGUCAAGGCAAAGGAGAUUGAAGCUAAAAUUAAGGAGCUGGCGAGUACUUGUAGUCCUAUAAUUUCAAAGCCCAAACCCAAAGUGGAACCCCCAAAGGAGGAGCCAAAACAUGCUGAACAGAAUGGACCAGUGGAUGGCCAAGGAGAUAGCCCCAGCCCCCAAGGUGUCGAGCAGGGCGCAGACACAGCUGUGCCUUCUGAUGCAGACAAGAAGCUUCCUGAGAUGGACAUUGAUUGAUUCCAACACUUGUUUAUAUUAAAACAGACUAUUAUAAAGCUUUAAGUUGUCAACUUUGUUCUAAAUAUCAACUAGAGCAAGCAAAUACUGGAGAUUUCUUAGUUUUAGGGAUCUUGGGGUGGGGUAUAGGUAAUGUGCGGAGCAUUUUGACUUCUAAAUAGUUAGACCCAGGGGUGAAGUGCACUAUUUAUCUCUUCCAUGCGAGCCCGGCUUGUCUUUGAGCUCUUGCCGCCCUCAUUCGUGUUUUAAUCUUGCUUCUUCAGGAUGAAGUGUGUUUGGGAAAGCUGAGCUCCAAGAAAAGCUGUGACAGCUGCCAGGCAGGCUUUUUCUUACACAUGACAGAAGCUCGUUAUACUAUAAAGUCUAGGAGGAGAGCACCACCAGCAUUUUCUGCCUGUGGGGUGUGUGGGGCUUGGGCUUCCUCCAUUUCUGAAGGUCAGAGCAUGGCCAAGCAUCAAUUAACACGGGAGAGUGCGGUGGGGUCCACUCUGAGACCACAUUGCCCUUCACUCUCAGUCCUGUCCCCCUCCUCCCUCAACAAGCAGUGUAAAUGCCACGUGCCCUCUUCACUUAGAGCGAGCUUUGGUGUGUCAAGGGACUCGGACUUAGUGGCUUCCUGUACUUCCCGAAUGUAUAUUCACUAAUGCUGAAGCAUCAAAGUCUCUAGGUUUCUCUCCAAGUUAGGUUGAGGAUAACACUGUUGGGUGUAGGCACGGUGAAUCUGAGCAAUCUAUCCUGGCAUAUUAUCGUGGAACGAUUUGUACUCUGAGAUGAUGUAUGUAAAUUAGAAGUUUGGAUGGAACAGGGUGAGAGUUCUAAGUUUUCAGUUCAUUUACCAUCAUCUGUAUUAAUGUUAAUGUGUGUCAUGAAUCUGCCAAUCUUUGUGUUAAAGUAGAUGACAGAUUGUAAAGCCAUUGCACUGCCUUGCCCUGGAUGAGUCAGAAAUUAGUGUUAAAGACAAGGUGCCCAAGGUCACAGGAACACUGUUGAAUGCAACCAGUGUCAGGGUACCACACGUUUCCUGGGCCAAGUCUUAGAGGAAGGAGAUGUUCUGGAAACAAAGGGAUGGGUUCCGGCAGAGUUGGUUACCUGCUUUAGUUACAAGUGUUGGUUAUGUUCUAGGUCUUCGUAAUCACUGAUCUCUAAGAGAGCCUCUGCACAGAAAGUGCUGUAGCCGCAAGUGCGCUAGAGGCGGUUGGCUGGAAAGGAGGAAAGCUUAAAUCACUGGAUGCCACCCGGACCCCCAGGCCCAGUGUAUCCUGUGCUGCAGGGGUGCCCGCCGGCCUGCCACUAGCUAUUUCAAAUGCAGGCUGCAGGAUUAAGCCAACUCUUAGGCAACUGACUGUCCUUAAUGACCAUUUCUCAUAAACAUUGUGUGUGUGGGUGGGAGGGUUCGGGUGUUGGGAUGGGGAUGAAUUUGAAGUUUCAAGUUAAAACUAGAAAUCAGAUGAUCUGCUUCCGCUCUGUCUAGGCAGACUGAUUGGACUUGUGGAGGCAGCCCAGAGUGGCAACUCAUGACUUGUGUGCAAACAAGCAUUUAUCCAGGUUGCUUAUCUAAAUUGGUUUGUUAAAAACUCUAGGUCACAUUCUUACACUAAGAAAAACAGUAAACAUGAGAAUUUAGGAAAAACUAAUAAAAGAAACCUGUCAACUUGAA